CAAAAGAAUGUUCUCAUAAUCAUCCUAAUACUACGAACCUACUGAAAGUCGUAACUGAUAAGAGAAAUCAAUAUUUUGAGCACAACAGGUGGGUUGGGAAGGGUUUCACGUCUCUUUACACCCUUUAAUAGUGCUCGAGAAUCCAGUUUCAAAAUGCCAGGCGAGAAAUUGACCCUCGCGUUAUGGCUCGCCAUCAUUUCCAGUGUUCAAAAUGAAGAAGUUUUCCUGAAAAUUGAUAAAAAUGUGCCCAUCCCCAGUGGCUUGGAUUGUAAUGGUGCUCUUCUAAAACUCAAGUCCUUCUUGGAUCAAUCCUCUACCUCAAUCCAUCAAGCCACGGGAGAACUCCACCAAUGGACCAAGGUCACAUUGGAGAUUCCAUCCAGUUGGAGUGGAUGUACCAAAGAUGCCAAUGGAACAGUUCCAGUUCUGGCCGCCCAUGUGAUCAUGGCAGAGAAAUCUAUGACCAGGGCUGUUCAACCUGAAGGUUGUGGAAUCCGAGGCAAACAAGUCCGCCUCAAGAGCUCAUUCUUGACCGGAGAAACGGACCAAAAUCAAGCUGUUCGGCAGUUUGUGACCGAGUGGAUCAAGUACAGAUUUGGUGUGUUUGAUGAACACGGCUACGAUCAAGAUCCAACCUUUCCCAAUUUCUAUCGCAAGGCCAGCCAGAUCUAUCCAAAUUCGUGCACGAACCGACCCAUAAAGGGGAAUUUCACAGAGGAUUGUCUUGAGAACCCCUGUUCAAUUGAGCCCGGACAAGCUGGAAUUGAGACAUCGCUUCUCUUCAGUAUCAAUGCAAUUACUUUUCCACAGAUGUCCAGGGUUUGUGAUGAGACAACGCACGACAAGGAUGCACCAAACCUUCAGAACCUAUUAUGCGACUACAAGUCUGUUAUGGAAGUCAUUCGAGAGGAAGCCGAAUCCGCUAGAUCUCUAUCAAGGAACGUUCAAUUCCAAGUAGUUCAAGCUAAUCCACUCCUGGCGCAAGGUCAAGGGGAUCUGGUCAUUAUAUUUGAUAAUAGCGUACAAAUGCAAGGGCAUUGGACCGCUGUUCGAAUCGGUUUGGAGCAACUCUUCAUCACGAUGAAUCCCAAUACGUUGGUGACAAUGAUCAUUAACGAAAAUGUUCCUCUUACUCAGACCAGGGUUGGCGCCGGAAUGAUUAAUCAUUUUUGGUCAGAUCGAGUUUUUCCCGAAACAUUGCCCACUUCUCAAUCUUUUGAACUGAGAACAUCUUUUAAUACACUCAAGAACCAAAUGUCCAUAUUGGGUCUGUGGUCACCAACUAUUGUGGUUUUAACAGCCACCCCUAUAGAUGAGGCUGAAGAUUGGAAUUCAACCAUUACUUGGGUGAAAGAAAAUCGUCUCUCCGUGGAUGUCAUGACAGUUCCACAGGUCAAAACUAGAAAAUUGGUCGAGUUAACCCAAUUUGGAAACCUUUACGCUCUCCCUUUAAGUGGAACAGACCACGAUAGAGGUGCCUUGGCUGGUGCUAUUCUUAUGGCCAUGGUGGAACACAUUGAAGGAAUCAACUUCCAACAAAUUGCUCAGGUGGUCAAGGACCCCUUAAGUGAUAAUUGGGUCCAUGGACACUUUGAAGUCCAAUCGGACAUGACUUCUAAGGAAGCCCCAAAGUUUCAGGUGUUGGUUCUAUCCCCGUGGAAUCUGUACCCACAAGUCAACAUGAUAGUGGAGGCUCCUAAUGGCACCAAGUGGCAAACCUCAAAUAACUCUAUUUAUCGGGUCUGGUCAUCACAUGUGCUUCAAUUGAAACCUGACGGGUUCGGCUUUCAAUCCGGGACCUGGAAAUUCUCUAUUCAAGGACCCGGAUCCAGCUUCUCAGGCAAGAUCCAUGUGAUGGCCUUCGUCGAUGUUGGAACCAAACCUAUUGGUCGUAGCUUUUUCCAAUCGAAUUCCAAACUAGGUUUGAAUGCCACUGACGACACUUUUGCCGUAAGUGUUUUCACAUCCUUGGAGCAAGUCACGAAUAUGGAUCAAAAUUGGACCGUCAAGGCCAAACUGAUCAACGGCUUCACAAGCACUGAUCUCAUCCUCAAGGACGAUGGUCUGAUUGUGCCCGACGUCAUGAAAAAGGACCACUUGCAUUCCCAGUAUUUCUUUGACAUCAAAGAACGCGGGUUCUACUCCACUCAAUUCGAGUUGUGGAACGAGAAUGGGAUCCAAAGAUUUUGGCCUGGUCCAAGCCUGUUUGUGGAUCAACCCAUCAAUAACUCAUUGAGCGGCGAUCGGAUUCCACCAUCCAGAAUAAUGGACUUACGAACAAGUCUAGUUCGGGAUGACUUGGUCUCCCUCAUUUGGACCGCACCCGGCGAUGAUCUCAAUCUCGGCCAAGCCAAUUUUUACCGCAUAUUUUGCGGCCUAUCCAGAGAGGACCUCUCCUUUGAUGAUUGCGUGGCUGUGCGGUCUGGCUUAGUGCGAUUUUCCCACGAAGCUGGAACCCGAGAAGAGAUCACAUUCCCAUUGGCUAUCAUAGGUGUGCCAGUUUACUUUGGCAUUAAAGCUUAUGACAAUGUGGGUAAUUCGGGGAGCAUGUCUAAUGUGGCAGAGGUGUUUGUACCUGGACCGCCCACGAUUCCCACCACACCUUCUAAUCCGGACGAUAAUCCACCGAAUGGAAUCUACAUAUCCGAGGCCGGCUUCAUUGCCUUGUUGGUCAUUCUUGGGCUCUUAUUGAUUCUCGUGGUCCUCGUUGCUUGCGUUUACGUUUGCUUGAGGAUGCGGAAACGGAGGCAGGAAAAAAAACACGAACAAAAGGCCUUAGAACUGUUCAUGGCAAAUCAAAGGCAGCAUCAACCCCCAAAAUCCAGUCAAUCAAAUGUGUACAGUGACAUCAUAUCGUCAGGUCAAAAAAUAGAACAAAAUGCACCCAAGUUUAAGUCUCGAACCAAAACCAAGACCAAUGGUAGCUUGUCGCCUUCUCUGGUUCAGCACUCACUUCCGGAGCGGCGUCAUUCUGAAAGGUCCAUUUCUUCGUCAUCGUCAUCGCAGAUUGGCGAUGCGAAUCAAGCUUACAUUGGCUCUCCAGUUGUUCAAGUGAGGAAACCCAAGUCCAAAAGCACCACUCCAGCUCCACCCCCUCCUCCACCACAAAGAGAGGUUCAGUUGAGUCCAAGACAGCUUAUUUCUAAUCAAGGUCGGGACAGAAGGCCGCUAUCACCGGAGACUUUACGACAGAUGUCCUGGAGCCAAUCGAUGGAAUCGAGCUCAGACAGUGAUUUCGAACCCAUGGAUGUGCCAUAUCAAGGUCCUCCGCCUCCAAUUCGAAGACACGCCUCCCAAACGGAUUAUUCGAGGCAGUUUAAGAAACCCAGUGCAGCGCAAAAGGCUGCGUCGUUGAACUCGCCUCAAGUUCAACAGGGUCAGCCUUUCAACUACAUCACCUUUAGCGAGAUGCUUUACGGUGAUCACCGCCGGCAACAACCACUUGGAUCUCCUGAUUUAUCCUCUUCUAGAGCUGUGAGCUAUGUCUUACAAUGCCCUAAUCAGACGUAUUUCAAUGGAAGUAUUAAUACACAUCUUAUCAAGCCAUGCUUGGUGUCGACACAUCAUCACUAA